AUGAAGCCGGUAAAGAGAGCGGCCAAUCACCGCUAUACAGAGAUGAAGCCGGUAAAGAGUGCGGCCAAUCAUCGCUAUACAGGGAAGGAACCGGUAAGGAGUGCGACCAAUUACCGCUAUACAGGGAUGGAGCCGGUAAAGAGUGCGCCCAAUCACCGCUAUACAGGGAUGGAGCUGGUAAAGAGUGUGGCCAAUCACCGCUAUACAGGGAUGGAGCCGGUAAAGAGUGCGACCAAUUCCCAAUAUACAGGGAUGGAGCCAGGAAAGAGUGAGACCAAUCACCGCAAUACAGGGAUGGAGCCGGUAAAGAAUGCGACCAAUCACCGCUAUACAGGGAUGUACCCGGUGAAGAAUGUGACCAAUUAG